AUGAAGCGAAAGAGGAAGUUCAGAUCCCUCACGAAUUCAGGUACGAUUUUUGACACAAGGGUGAUAUCAUGUGCAGAACUGGAGGAUGUGAAAAUGGAAGUGAGAGCCUGCAGGCUGAAGGUGAAAGCCCAACAAACAUUAAAACCAGCUGAAAAGAGUCACAAUGCACCUCUAAGGUCUUUUUCUAAAAGGCUUGAUGUCAUCAUGGACAAUUUUGCUUCCUACCUUGUUUUGGAAGGAAUCUCCCUUUGA